AUGUUACCUUUGUCCCUUAAUGAUAAAAAAAGAAAGUAUGUUGCGGCAAUUCAGAAGUGGAAAAUAUCUAUCUUCAUUUCGAUACACUCAAGAGAUAACAUUAAAGUACUGAAGUUGGGUAAAUAUUUCAGAUUCGUCACAGAAUGGGUAGUUUCUUCUUUAUCUCAAAGUAUUGUGUAA